ACACUGAACUCUAUAAUGAAUCAGCACUGUGGCUGGUAAGAGUUAGUGUGGAUUUGGGCAAUUCAAUGGAUUUGGGCAAUUGAGUUUGGGUCUAUUGUGAUUUUGAGCCGUGAAUGAGGCCGCGGUUAGGCCUUGUCGCGUUCAAAUUAAUUCCAUUGUUGCAAAGCUCAGUGAUUCAAAUUUCAAGGCAAGUGCUCAUGUUCAUUACAUCAACAUUAAGGCUGAUUGAUUUGUUGCUGAGUGAUUAUCAAAGCUAGGUAUAUGAUUUUGAUUUUUUGUAGUUAUAGCCCAAGUUUUGAGUUUCAGUUUGGACAGGGUCCUGCCGCAGUGGUGGGUGGUGGCCACAUCAUGGGGGUGCCCCAGACGCUGACCCAUGUGCAGUCGGUGCGCAUGUUGUACAAAUCAGUGCUGCGACUGCACCGCGGUCUGCCCGCCGAACUGAAGGCCCUUGGCGACCAAUACGUGCGCGAUGAGUUUCGGCGACAUCGGGACGCGCCUGCGCGCGAGGCCGGUCUGUUCCUCCAGGAGUGGGCCGGCUACGCGCUCAACCUGGCGCGCCAGCUGGGCGUGCGCGGUGUGAAGGGGGCGCGGCCGAUCGGCACGCACAUCUCCGAGGAGCAGCUGGACCAUCUGCGGCCCGAGCAGCUGGUGCAGCUGUAUGAACUGUUCCAGGAGACCCAGAACCCGUCGCGGCCGCCGGACUCGGCCUCCGACUGACCCGGCGCCGGCCGAGCUCCGCUAGCCACCGCGUGGUCUGCUAGUGCUGGCCAGGGGACAGGUGUCGAAGAGAGUGAAUUUGAGUCUGCGUUGGUAUGCCUGGGUGUGUGUGGGGCUCUAUGACAGGCUUAUGAUAGAUUGCAAUAUUUAUUGGCCACCAAAGAAACGCUUUAUACGUCAAUUGGUUGGCAGAUUUUCCCUCAUUUUGGUCUUGCCAAUUUAUACCGUGAUGUCUGAUGUGCAUUGUAAGUGGGAAGAUACCUACCUAGUACCUACCCACGCAGUUGAUAUAUAGAAAUAGGAUGUGACCAUCGUGAAUGUUUUGGCUUCUACUAGAAGCACCAAUCUACCACGCUCAUGAGUCCUGA